AUGUUAAUCAAAAUAAUAAAAUACAUGUACAGCUGCUCAAAUUGUUUAUGUUAUACUUAUAAUACAAGUGAGAAUAUAAAAUUUUAAUUAACUAAAUGCAUGACGUUACUUAUUUCUAUUUUUCUGCUACAUGUAUGUUGCAAAUUUUGCAGUCCUGUCCCACGUAACGUGCUGGGAUGAGGCUAGGGACUAUAUCUGUAUCAGAAACAACUUUGUCUCAAGCCAGCUGAUCUUAAUUAAUUAGCUGAUCUUAAUUAAUUGAGCAGAUGUCUUGUUUCACUCUUGCAUGCAGUCAAAGAUGCAGGUAGGAUCAACACAUUUUUACGAGGCUGUCUCAACAAUUCACUGACGAACAAAACAUACAUCAUUUUACUGUAGAGUUUAAUAGGUAUUAUAGAUAUUAUUGUAGCACACUUUCCUAGACUACUUUAGUUAUCAUUGUAAUUCUUCCAACUACUGUAUUGAUUUGUAGAAUAAUUGAGAGGAUGCAUCUUGGCUUGUCAGAUUUUAGAAGUUUGCAGAAAUUGCUCUUCAGUUGAUAAUUGAAUGAUUCAUUUUCGUGUUCAACUAUAUUGAUGGAUGCAUUGUUGCAGGCUAUGAGAUAUUAUAGGCAACUUUUUUCUUGUGUUUUGAUGCCAUUUAUUCAACAAAGAACUAUGUCUGAUUUUUCCUUAUCUUUACAUUUGCGGCAGCUUAUUAUUUCAAAGGGGCCUUUAACAGUCUACAAUUUUAUGCGAGAGUGUCUCACCAAUCCUCUAGGAGGCUACUACAUGCAUCGUGAGGCACUUGGACAGCAAGGAGACUUUACAACAUCACCAGAAAUUAGUCAACUCUUUGGAGAACUGAUUGGUGUGUGGUGUUUUCAUGUAUGGAAAGAUAACAAUGCAGUCAGACCAUUACACAUCGUUGAGCUAGGUCCUGGUCGUGGUACAUUGAUGGCUGAUAUUUUAAGAACAGUGAGUCAGUUUGGAGAUAUUGCAAGUAAUGUCAGAGUAAGCUUAGUUGAGGUAAGUCCAAGGAUGAUGAGACUUCAAAAAGAACUACUUGCAGGAAAUCGAGAGCAGCCAACAGUUCCUUUUUCUCUUUUAAAUACGGUUGAGAGUUAUUUUGGUCCAUCCGUGUCUUGGUAUCUCAGCCUAGACGACGUGCUGAGCAAUUCAACUGAGUUUACCAUUAUUAUAGCUAAUGAGUUUUUUGAUGCCUUGCCUGUUCACCAGUUUGUACAACGAGAUGAUUAUUGGAGAGAAAUUCUAGUUGAUAUCGAUGACCCAAAGGAAAAUGGAUUAGGAUCAAGCACAAAAUUUAGAUUUGUUGUAUCUCCUGUUGUGACUCCUGCUCUUUCCUACUUAACAAGCGAAGACAUUCCUACAUAUACUGAUUGUUUUGAGAUAUGUCCUGAUGCUCGUGUCAUUGUGCAAAGCAUUGCAAAACGACUAAGUAAUGGCAAGGGAAUUGCUCUCAUCUCUGACUAUGGCAGUGAUUCCCCCUCUAGGUUGACACUCAGAGGGUUCAAGGAGCACAAACUGCAUGAUGUCUUGGACAAUCCCGGUAGUGUUGAUCAUACAGUUGAUGUUGAUUUUGCUGCUCUACGCAAAGCAGUUGGAAAUCUUGGUGUUUGUUGCGGGCCAAUCACCCAGUCGCAGUUUCUUCAUCAGAUGGGAAUAAAGGCAAGAUUGAAAGCACUGAUGAGUAAUGCAUCUCGUGAGCAGGGUAAAAAGUUGCUGUCUGGUUAUGAAAUGUUGACUGGAAAUGAUGCAAUGGGAGAAAGAUUCAAGUUCUUUGUUGUUUGCCCUCUACAUGGAAAACGACCUUAUCCGUUUAUCUGAGACUUCGAGAAAAUAACAGUUCUAAUGACAAACAUUUAGCUAACAACAAACUGAUCAUAGAUACAAUAAUGUUUAUGGUUUACAUUUCUAAUAAUUUCAAUGC